GAGAGAGAGAGAGAGAGAGAGAGAGAGAGCGAGCGAGAGAGAGAGAGAGAGCGACUGAGAGAGAGAGAGAAGCAGGAGGUGCACGCAAGAGUCCGACCGCACAGGAAAACAAGACAGAGAGAAAGAGAGGGAAGCAGAAGGAGGCUAAAAGGAUAACAUUUCUUGCUCUCACGCUCCGAGACUUCAAACAAGGAUGUUAAUGCUGGACGGAAUGCCGGUGCUGAGAGUCAAAACAGAACCAAUUCAGGGACGACGACGGUCACCUGACAUACGUGGUUAUCCAGACAUGGGCGUAUUGGUGAUGGACAGACGGUUCCGGACUCACUCACCUGACAGUCGGUUCUCGGACAACUUCCUAACACAGACAGAGCCUGUGGACCUUUCCACCAACAGAUCCCGGUCGUCUCCAUCAUCGUCAUCGUCAUCUUUAUCGCCUUCCUCCUCCUCUUCUUCAUCGGUGCGCUUCUCACCACGCUCCCCGCCGGUUUCCUCUGCAAAGUCUCCUUCGUCGUCAUCGUCAUCUUCCCCGCCCUCCGUCAUAACUCCCGUUCCACGGCUGCAGCUGUCCCCGUCGAGGGUGGCGUCUCCACCCUCCGUGGCUUUGAGGGGGCAGCCCUUUCUGCACAUGCCCCAGCCCAUGCCUCCCUGUCCCAGCCCCAUUCACCUGCACCCCCGCAGGGUCCCCGUGGUGGUACAGCCCAUGCCGCUGGUCUAUGCUGGAGUUGGAUCGCUGGGACCUGGUGGCCUCAUGGCACCCCUGUUGGAAGAAAGCCGGUUACAUGGAAAAGUCAUUCAUCGAGUCCCAGACAGACCAUCACCACGGCGAUCCUUGAGUGACAGCGAGGAUGAUGAUCUACCCAACGUGACAUUGGACAGCGUGAAUGAGACUGGCUCUACCGCCCUGACCAUUGCCCGCGCCGUGCAAGACUCCAUCCUGCCAUUCAGCAUGGAGAAUCUGCGGAGGCCCAGGAGGCCCGAGUCCCCCGACUCCAAGAGGAGACGCAUCCACCGCUGCGAGUUCGACGGCUGCAGUAAGGUCUACACCAAGAGCUCUCACCUCAAGGCUCACAGGAGGACCCACACAGGUGAGAAGCCGUAUAAGUGCACAUGGGACGGGUGCACGUGGAAGUUUGCACGCUCGGACGAGCUCACGCGUCACUACCGCAAGCACACAGGCGUGAAGCCGUUCAAGUGCGGCGACUGCGAUCGCAGCUUCUCCCGCUCCGACCACCUGGCCCUCCACCGCCGCCGCCACGCCCUCGUGUAACAGGCGGCCAGACAGACCAAUGGGCAGGCGGGGCUGGGCCCCGUCUGCCAGUGGCGUGCCGGGAGAGGGCUGGCCCCUCCCCGAUUGCUCUCUGAGUGUUGAGAGAGGGCCAGAUCGAGGGGAAAAGGGUCUUUUAUCCUUGAAGAGUCACAGAAUAGGAUUGCUGGUCUAAGAUUAAGGAUUGUCUUUUAUAACCUGAAGAAUAUGUUUAUAUGGGUGGGUAGAACUCAUCCUUUGUCCAUAAGGCCAUAGUUACAGACGGGCCCAGGCCUAUAGCUAUGAGUGACAAAGAGCAUACAGUGACAGAGAAGCAAGAGAGCUGGUCCCAAUCUAAAGUCAUAUCCAAGACCAGCACACACGUUAAAGGAUAUUUUCAUUGUUGUCAGAACUUAUGUGCAAUUUUGUAAAAGUCCCUUUUUUAAAGGUAUUAAGUCAAUUUAUUUGAAAUUUACUGUCAGUAUGAAAAGCAAGAGAAAUCAAAAUGGAACAGUGGUGUUCUUAUUGUGUUGGCCAUGGGAUGUGAAGAGGAUGCAGCUCACAGCACUGGGGUCUCUUUAUUUCAGAAUUUGAGCCAUCUCUCCCGUUAGCCCCGUCAAUCAAACCUAUUUAUUGUUUUCUUUCUCGUAGGAGUUUGGAUUACGCUGUUGUGGUUUGGUUGGUGGACCAGAUCAUUAGCAGGGUAACCGUCGGAAUAUUGCAAACCUCAGUGCGAAAAAGAGCAAAUAAUGUUACAUAUCAGCUAUUUUUUCAAAGCACGUUCAAGUUUUAACGGUCACAGGUGCAUGUACAUUUUCAUUCAUAAACCUUAUGAAAAUAUGUUUUUAUUCUGCAGGCCUGCAAAAUGACUAUACAUACCAUUUUGUGGGGAUCGUUUAAGGGGUUCGUUUGCCCAGAUUGUAUGUGAGGGGAUAAAAAAUCCCUUUAAGGCUGUUCAAACAAAUCCAUGUACUGUGUCUCUGUUUCUGUGGGUGUCAGGUAGAGGAAAGAGACACCGAGACUCUGAGGUCCUUUACAUUCAAACCCACCUGCAUCAUUUAUGCACAAACAUAGUGUAGCAGAUGUCUGUACAUUUUAAAAAUAUAUAUAUAUAUAUAUUAUAUGUAUAAUUUUUAGUGCAUUUUAUGUCAUGUAUUUGUUCAGUAUUUUGAUCCUUUUGCAAGUAUGUGAUGUCACCAUUUAUAGUGUUGUAUAGAAGGCCUAAUGACUGAUAAUCAAAAAUGUUAACUGUCAAAGGGAUGUUCCUUUAACCUUUAAUCUGUUUUACAAUUAUGUAUUUGUAAAUGAUGUUAUUGUACACAUUUCUUUUUUAUAUGGAUUUACUGUGAAUUUAUACAUAAAUAUAUGUUUAAUGGCUUGAAUGAAAGCAUGAAUAAAAGAUUUGUAUAUGGGAAA